CCGCCGCGUUGGAAGUGUGUCUCGUCAAUAAAUGAUUGGAGCACACGAUUGAAGUUGUGUACUAAUUAUUUUCUUCAGUGUAUUUCGGUUCUAAUUAUUUAUGUUUUAGUUGCAUUUGUGUAAGACAUUAUUGAAGAUUCUUUUUUUAAAACAUGUCUUUUGGAAAACGAAAAAAACUUUGAGGUUAUCAGUUUAAUUCCAAACGGACUUACAAACUAAUACGAUUUUCAGUUGCUGAAGAGUAAGCUUUAUUAUGUUAAGGUUAUCAUUUGGAUUUAUGUGUUGUUUAUGAUACGAAUUAACUUUUGGUUGGAUUUGCACUGUUAGAAGAAUUACCAAAGAAAAUGUGUGCCAAAAUGUUAUUAAGUUUAUCGCUUUUUUCGGUUAUGUUAUCUUGGAUGGGCAUACUAGCUGAAGAGGAAGUUUCAUCACCAUUAAGAGUAGCGCAAUGCCGGGCAACGUGUUUGCAAAAGUUUGCAACACCUCGGCCUGGCGGGGAGUCUUCAUGUUUGCAGGGUCCAGACUGUUUCAUGUGCUGGGAAAACUGUGAGCUGCUUCAGUCCAAUUAUCAAGUUUGGGGCGCAGUUUGCGACGAGAAAGAUAUUUGUUUUCCUGGCUGUAAAGUCGCGUGUGAGUUUCAUGCUGAAGCAGCCAGAGCUUCGCAGACUCAACCAGUAAUUCAUACUAAGGGAGAAGGUGUAAUGAGAGUUAGUGGAGCACUAGCGCGCUGGCCACCACCAGCUCCUCGAACAAUUGCGCGUCCAACCCCUUUUGUUUACGUAGUUAUGCGUCGAGCAGCUGAAGGACCCUGGAGACAAAUUAUUCAAACACAAGCAUUAGCUACCAGAGUCCCUCCAAACAAUGAAGGUGCAUUACUAAGAGUAUUAGUCGUUGACCCACUUGGACUUGUAACAAUCUACAGUCCAGAUGAAACUUGGGUAGCACAUGACAGCAAUACAUCUAAUCAUGAUGAACACAAAUGGGUUCUAAAAGAAAUAUCCCUCAUACAUCAAAAAGUUCUUGUCAUCGGCGAAAUCGCUUGGGAACCAAGGAUCGCUCGAGGCGUUUAUCUUGUUACGUGGGAGGUUGAUGGAGGUGGACUAAAAGGUAAUCUAUUCACAGAUUCAACUCGAGUUACAUUAUCUUUGUGGCCGGACACAAUUUACCAUAUUCAAGUGGAACUAGUGUCGCGCACACCGGGAGUAGAUAACGAGAAAUCUGAGACAAUGACAAUAGAUACUAGUCGAGCACAGCGUGUUUCUACCGAAAGUGUCCAAGAUGUUGAAGUAAGCGAAGGCGACCGACUAAUGUCUGUAUUAGUGAGCUCAAUGCGAGGAGAGCGUGUGCCAGAGCGGGCGCCUGACUCAGAAUUGCUAUUAGGUUGCCUAUCUGCAAUGAUUGCCUUUGGUCUCGCAGUACUAGCAGCGGUCAUUUGGAGACGAAGACGGGGUGGUACUUUUCCUGGUACCAAUGUCUAUGUUGGAUCCUCCUCUAUCCUGAAAAGGAAAUUAGUAGAAGAUUUUACUCCUAAUUCUCGCUGUUUCCAACCCGUUCUAGCUCCGGCAACACCCACCAAUAGCCCUACUUCUAGAGAUGUUGUCGUGUGACGUCAUAGUUAUGAAAUGUUGUUGACCGAAAAUCGGGCAUUCAGUUCCUAAAGUGUGUGUACGAACUUUUAUUGGAAAUUAGACAAAAUGGUCUAAUUUGCUAAAGAUGGAUUUUGACGUGAUAAAGUAAAUUUAGUUGGACAUUUGUGAGACUUCGUAAGUUAUGUUCAUGGACAGUGAUUUGUGGUUUAAUAUAUUCUAUUUCUCAAUUUCGUUUGUUAUAUGCCACUACCAGCAUCAACUUAAAAUCCACAUAAGUAUAAAUUUUAUAUGUAGUGAAUAGAUAAUUUGUAAAUUUAAAGAUGUACUUAUAAAAUGUAUUUAUGAAUUCACAGUAAGGACAACACCAGAAAUUUAGAUGUAAAUGUGUUAAGGAAAUGCAAAUUAUGAUUGUAUUGUAUAUCGUUUAUGUUAUUGUACUUGUGUGCUGUAAAUAUUUUGUUAAGGUUGAAAACUUCUGUGUAAUGAGAUAAAACUGCUUAGAACCUGACGAAAUGCCGACUCAACGGCUAUAAUUCCUAUAAAUAUAUUAUGCUGUGGAGUUAUUUUCUAAUUUCCGAUUCCAGUAAACAAUAUUUAUUGUAAUUUUAAAACUAGUCCUUGUCUUAUUUGAAUGUAGAUUAGAUAUGUUUCAUAAUGUCAUACUCUACAUGAGUCUUAUAAUUUUUAAUGUAUUGACAGUCUUUAUGACUUCUUCAGCAAUAAUAUUAUGUACGUUUGUAAAUAAUUUCGAAGAUUUAUUGUAAAAAUAUUGAAAGAGUAUAUUUUUCUUCAAGGCGACAGAUAUAUUAUUAUCUAAAUGACAUGUGCUAUUAAUGUAAUUAAAUUGUACUUAUUGCUAUGAAUUUUCGUCGUUUAGCUAUCCAUUGACAGUUUAAAGAAGUAACCAUUUGCUUAAAUAUAUUCCAGUGUUAUAGUCAUGUUCGUUUAAAUUUACUGAUUCAAUGUGUAAAAUUGAUGUUAGAUUUCAAAAGUGUAUUGUAAAAAUUUUACUUUUUGUGUAGUUUGAUAAUUAUAUUAUAAAUCUGAAAUUUUCUGCGUUUUCUGUGUUGGAAACAAAUCAUUUGCUUCUUUUUUGACCAAAUUCAGAUAAGUUAGUAGCCUAGUUGAAUUAAUUUAUUUUAAUCUUCAUCCGAAUUUGUAAAUAGUUGCUAAUUGAUGAAGCUAUACUUUUAAUAAGUAUAAAUAAAUAUGUCUGCCAAAUUAUAA